AAAAGCUUGCCCUAAUCUUCCAUUUCACCACUUUAUUCCCUUUACAAAGUGAUCUCUCAAACAUUACAGAGAAUUUACAAACUUUUCAAAUAAACACCAUGGUUCACUCUUAUUUCUGAUGCCCUAGCAUGAGCAUCAAACCAAAGACACCAUCCAAUAGGCUUGGGGGAAUGCUAAGAUUUUCAAAAGUGCAAUAAUAAUUUUGGGAGUGGGAACUAAACAGCCUACUGAGGACCAGCCAUGAUUACAAACCACUGUGCUGUUUGGGGGCACAGGAUGUAGAGAGGAAGGUAGACGGAAUAUCAUGAAGCUUUGUGAAGAGAGCAUGGCUGUGACUACAGCAGUAAAAAAGCACUAUACAUUGCAAGAGUUUGUCCCACUUGUCAGUCCUUAAAACCACAUCUCAAAAUUAUGGCUUGCUCUACAAAAAGACUGACCUCUCCCCACCUGCAACGGAAGUUACUUUUCUGUAAAGUAACUUCCAAUCACUAUUUUCUGUAGCCUUAAACCCCUCACAAUUUUAAUUACAAUGUUGGUGCCCACCACUAAAAACAACUCAUCACAGCAUGUGCCUCUGCUUCAGGGUUAAUAUCCCUUUUAAAAAAUUAACUACUAAUAGGCAUCCCCUCAGUUCAUUUCUGAAUGGUUUCUAGUCAUUAUGUUAAACAUACCUGCUAACAUUUUAAAAUCAAAAAGUGAUUGGUUUUGGUUUCACUCAACCCAGCUACCAAUGCAAGAUAUGCUAAACUGUGGCUUCAAAUAUGUAUACUGUAUUAAUGUAGAGCACACAGGUAACUUAGAAGGUAUAGAAAGUAUAUAGAAAGUUUUUGAGAGUCUGAAUGAAGCAAAUUAAACUUAUGCAUUAGAAGCUUUACCUGCCAAAGCUCUUAUCAUUCACAACAUACAGGACCGUCUCCACUUUCGCAUUGGAUCUGAUCAGCCUAGCCCUAAGUGUAUGCUCAAGAUAGCUUAAUGCAGAUUAAAUAUUCCUUGGGUCCCUUAAGAACUAAGGAGAGCCUUAUUGGGUCAGGCCAAAGUAUCUGGAACUCAAUCCUGGGCAUAUUAACUAAGAAUUCCCAUUGAGCUCAAUGCAGUUACUGAAAGUCAAAAGUGCACAGAAAUGCAACCUAGCAGGUCAAAAAGUGGUGGAAGGUGAGAGGAUUGUUGACCUGCUAUGUUCUCAAUGCAGUGAUUGGGAUUUACAUUUAAACACAGUGCCUGGUUACUGCGGAUGACCACAAAGAUGAGCUGCUGGACAAAUGAAACAACUGGGAAAGGCAGUUGCUCUGAACUUUGCAUACUAUGAACAAUGCUGCUUUCUCCAUGUUAAAAUAAAUACAUAUUGCCUUUAUUUACCCCAAAAAUGAACAUUUAUUGAGCUCACAUUCACUGCCUUCAGCGAGUAAAAAAAGAAUUAUACAAAGAGAAUCACUUAAGCUUAACACUUUUCUUAACUCCAGCACGAAUGCCAGACAGUUCGCCUCCGUAUCUUUGUUCUUCUCUUCGGACCUCACGAACCUGCCCCUUCCUACGAAUCUUGGCUCGCCUGAAUUUCUCACGGUGCUUGACUCUUGGGUUACGAUCAAUCUUUUUCCUUCUGGGUGUGAGGCCUUUAUUCUUGACAAUCUGGUACGUUGCACCUCUCUUUUGAUCUCCUGCUUCCUCUUCCAUAAUCAGGUCUUCCACACAUUCUGUUUCUUCUCGUUUCCUCUUUUUCUUAAGCUUUAUCUUUUCUUCCAUCUCCUUAUAAUAAUUCAGGGCAGCCUCCUCAUCCAAAUCUGAAUCAUCUGUAGGUUCUUCGGCAUCCUUACCAUUAGAAAGCUCACCAACAGCUUUAGGUUUGAUUUUAUUAACAGGCUUUCUAGCAGGCACGAUAAGCUUCUUCCUACCUUCCACAUCACCAGCAUCAGUACUAUGGAAUUCAUUAAGGAGCAGACGAAUCUCCGGUGACAGUUUUUGGUCCACAGUCGCCAAGUCAUUUAUUAAAUUUCUGUAACUUACAAGUCUUUCAAUGACAGGGUGACCGUGAACUGGAAUCCUUUUGGCUUUCAGCACCAAGUAAAAACUAAUGUUGCAGCAAUAGUUCAAAUAGAGAUGGUAUUUGGUCUGUAAAUACUGGCUGCCCUUUCCCUCUGGGAUGACCCCAUCUUUUACCAUUUGCAUGAGCGGCUCCAGUUCAUCUCUGAGCUCAGUUAACUUGGCUUCAAAGUCCUGAAUCAGCUCCAGCAACUCCGGGGAUUCCUUUUUCAACAGCUUCAACUUCUCUUUUUUAGAGAGAGACUGCAAGUCCUUGGCAAUUUUCGACCCGGACUCUUUUCGACCUGGCUCCUGGGCUGCCGCAGCGUAGGCCUCUAUCAGGUCCAGGCCGUAGUCAUCCUCCCCCAGAUUCUGCACCAGCCUUUUCUGAAUGGCUUGGGCCUCCUCCUCUUCCUCCAGCUCCUCGGCUUCGGCUUCCUCCUGGCUCUGCUUGGCUGCUUUGGAGCGAGCCGCAGCCUUGCCGUAGUCGGUGCCGUAAUAGAGCUGUUUCCGCUGGCCCCAGGCGAACUCAUGGGGGAGGCCGAGGUCUCCGCUGCCGCCCCGCUGCUCCUCCAGGUCGCUGUCCAUAUCCAGGGGCUCGCCUUCGCCUCCAUCCUCGUCGUCGUCCGCGCCCUCAUCUUCUCCAUCCUCCUCCGUCUCACUCUCCUCAGAGAGCUCUAGCCCCAAGACCUCCUCCUCGCCAUCUUCCUCCUCCUCCUCCUCCUCGCUGCCCAGCGCCGCCAGCACUGCCUCCUCCAGACGCCGCUGGUGGAAAUCGUCUGCCUCCUCCGUGAAGAUCGGGACUCCCGGCUCCGGCUCCUCCAUCUUUUCCUCCCGCGGCUGCGAGGCCCUCAGGCCCGCGGCUAUUCUCCGCCGCGGCUUCCCCAUGUUGCCGGCAGCGCGGAUGGAUCGGCGGUCGGCAAACCAGCGUGCGGUAUUACUGCUGUGCGGCCGCCAACGCACGACACUACUUCCGAGUCGAAGGUCGGUGCGCCUCGGAAACCGGCUUUCACUUCCGGUUCACAAGAAACGGGUAAGCCGUCGCCUCCACCUAACUAAUUCCCAAUUGUCAUUUCGUUGUUCAGGAAAUAACUGGACGGCCGUUAAUCUGCCGCUUACCGUCGUUAAUCUACGCGUCUCCGGUAGAUUCCGAACUGUACAGCGACCUCGCUUUCGAGGUGCUUUACUUCCGGCCUAGAGUAAGCGAGUAAAUUCUACAUCCGGUCGGUUGAUGCGCCCUGCUUUAUACCUUCCGCCUCGCUUGUGGACGCUCUGGUUUCGGUAAGAAGCAUAGAGAGGUGAUGGGGAGGAUGAGCGCCGGAGGCGAGGCGGGGCGUUCGGCCGAUGAAGUGCGCAUGCGAGAACCGCAGGGGGACACGUGGCCGACGUAAAGCGUGCGGCGUAAUGGAGUGCCAAGCGCGUGUAUCUCAGCCUCUGCCGCUGCUUCCAUUUAAUAGAACGAGCAUCCACACAGGUCCAAGAUACAUAUUAAUCGAUGCCAGUUAAUAGCAAUGCACUGUUCACUCAGUUCGAUAGACAGAUAGAUGUCUAUUUAUUUCUCCUUAGGAAUCUGCUUUAUGCUGAGUCAGACUUUUGGUCCAUCUGGGUUAGUGUUGUCUACACUGACUGGCAGCGGCUUUCUAGGCAGCAGCCUCGCAACUCAACCUGCAGGGACCGAACCUGGGAAUCAGCCACAUCAGGGGUGGAGUUUGGUAAUAUGGCUCCCUGAACAAGACCAAGAUUGGGCGCCCCUUCCCCCUAAAUAUUUAUUAUUUUCCACAGUUUUUCAUUUUGGUACAGCUGCUUUUUAAAUGGGUCUUCUCAGUAGGUACCCGUAUAAUUAUAAGUAUUGUUGUUAUGUGGGAUGCGGGUGGCGCUGUGGGUUAAACCACAGAGCCUAGGGCUUGCCAAUCAGAAGGUUGGCAGUUCGAAUCCCCGUGACUGGGUGAGCUCCCGUUGCUCGGUCCCAGCUCCCGCCAACCUAGCAGUUCGAAAGCACAUCAAAGUGCAAGUAGAUAAAUAGGUACCGCUCCGGCGGGAAGGUAAACGAUGUUUCCGUGCGCUGCUCUGAUUUGCCAGAAGCAGCUUAGUCAUGCUGGCCACAUGACCCGGAAGCUGUACGCCGGCUCCCUCGGCCAGUAAAGCCAGAUGAGCGCACCAACCCACAACUGGACCUAAUGGUCAGGGGUCCCUUUACCUUUAUCUGUUGUUGUGCUCCCUGUCUGCUCCACACCACCCUAAAUCUGGUGUUGUCUGCUUACAAGGCAGCUUCUGAGCUAUGGUGGCCCUUCCCUUAAAGAAAGAAAGAACAGACCUCCUGGAUUUUUUCCCUGAGGCUUCUCACACAGACACCCUGCUUUAGCAACUGAAGGAGUGGUGGAAAGUGUGAAAUGACAGUGUUGUUGUUCUCUCCCUGCUCACACUGCUAGGACUUGGGGUCUCUGGAUGAAACCUGAUUCAGAACAAGCAAUGGUGUUGCUGCUCAUGUUGUGAGAUCAUUUCGUUGCCACAAGAUGGAGACAGAUGCCGACUUUUAGCUUUUCCAAAGGAUAAAAUAUAUGUUAGGGUGGAAGCAGCAAACAUGAUGCCUUCUAGAUGUUGGACUCCCAUUUCCCGUCAGCCUCAGCCGGAAUGGCUAAUGGUCAGGGAUUAUGGGAGUUUGAGUCCAACAACAUCUGGAGGGUACCACACAUUAGCAGCUCCUGCCAUAGAAGGUAGGUUAAUUGAUGGAUGCUGGCCUUCAGUUACUGAAGCGUACAUUGGAAUAUCAAAAGAUGGACCGCCACAUGCGAAUUUCCCCAGAAUAAUCUGCUAGUUGCCAUCAGAAACAAAAUCCUGGGCUUCGUGGGUCUUUGAUUAAUCCAGAAAGGCAAGUCUUGACAUUUUUACAUCUUCAGGACUACCAAUGGAUUAACAGAAUCGAUAAAUAUAUCAGUUUAAGCAAAGUAAGUGUGCAACCCUAUACAAGUCUAUACAUGGAAUAUACUUCUGAGUAGGCCUACAUAGGCUUGUGCUGCUGGUAGUAUAUUAAAUCCAAAUUAAUUUGCAUAUUAAUAAAAACAAUUGGCUUGUAUGGAAAUAAACAUUCUUUUUUUGUUUCUAGAUAAUUCAUGUACCUGCCUCAGCAGGGACUGCCUUAGUACUUAAUGUAGAAGGCAGGGGGCCUUUUCUGAGAGGACACCUUCCACCUACAGUUCUCAUAAGUUCAAUAAGCACUUCCAUGAAUUUUGCAAGCACGUUUUUAGGCAGUUUAAAGGCUUUUGAUCACUGGUUAACUGAGUAAACACCACAGCCCCAAAUGACGUAGGAGGGUGUUAAUAGGCAAGAAUUGGUGCAGAGUCCGUGGCACCAUUCACAUAACAAAAACUACCAUAGAGAUAUCAAGUUUUUCAAAAGUAGCAAGUCCAUGGCUUCACUUUUGAAAAACAGGUCUGCAGUCCUUAGCUAAUUGGGAACCACUGGUUUAGUCUAACCUGCUUGAUGCAAGAAGCCCAGAGGCUUUUCCCCAACAGAUGACUUUUCCUGUCCAGACUCUGCUUAAAGACUUCCAGAGUGGGUGAUCCCACCACCCCUCUAAGUAACGGGUUCUUUUGUUAACCCACUCUUACUGUCAAGUGGUUUCCUCCUAAUAUUGAAAUUACACCUACCUGCCUAUAGUUUAAGUCCAUGAGAUACAGUAGUGUCUCCAACGAGAUCAAAAGUUUAUCGAGGACUGGGGAAAAUUUGUUGAGUAUUGGGGAGGUUUAAGUGAUAAUGAAAUAACGUUUGCGGCAUUUAAAGAAGCUCUGUAAAAACUUAAAGAAAUAUUGUAAGAAAGGAAAACAGGUGUGGAUAGGUUUGUUAAAAGGCAAUACGAAAUGUAGGAAAUGUGUAACUAAAAAGUUUAAUUCGGAUGAUUGUCAGAAUGGCUGAUGGAAGUCCAAAAAAGGAGAAAAUUUGUAAAGUGGAAAUGUUUGUUUAUUUUUCUUUUGCUGAAAAUUAAUAAAAAAUAUUAUAAAAAAAGAGAUACAGUAGUGUCUUCUAGGACACCAGAAAACAAAUUUUUGCACUCCUCAAUGACUGUGUGUGCAUGACCCUUUACUCUGGCUCCAGUGUACUCCCAUCGCUAGUGUUUGAAACCAUGUACACGUGAUGUUAGCCACAAUCCCAUAGCUGUCCUGUAGUUCUUGAAAAAUCCUGCUGUUCAGCGCAUUUCUACUCAAACCAGCUUCCAUCCAAUUUGAAAAAUGUCAGCCGCAUUCCAUUUGCAGUUAAGCUGAGGUGUGUGCACUCGAGACAACUGUUGCGUAUGCCCAGAUGACAGUUUUGUGAACAGGAGUUGGAAAGGUUGCAGGUGUGGAAAAAGCAAUUGUGCUUUGAGUGAUGAAAUCUGGGAAGAGGCGGCCUUGCUGUGCUUUAAGGUGCUAAAGCAGAGCUUUCCAAGCUUUUCAUGCUGAUGACACACUUUUUAGACAUGCGUCAUUUCGCAGCACAGUCAUUCAGUUUUACUACCAAACUAGAGGUUAAACUAGCCCCUUUCAUCGACACACCUACACACUGCAGCCAACACACUAAUGUGUCAUGACACACAGUUUGGAAAGCUGUGUCCCAAAGUGUAUUUGACCUAAGUGUCAGCCUUUCAGGAAUUUGAAGUGCUGUCAUGUCCCUCCUCUGUCUUCUCCAAGUUAAAUACAACCAGUUCCUCCCACCUUUCCAGUUGUGCUUCCAGUACAAUUCCCUUUUUGAUCUACUUAUGGAGGCUUUCAAGCUGCUUUUGGGGCUAUCCUUCCACCUUAAGUUACCACAGUCAGUAUGUUGGACUGCUGUUUCUUAGUGCCCUCUGUACAUCAGCAAGGCAUUGUAAUCCCUCAGAGUGAAGUAAUGGUGCUGAAAAGAACUCUUGCCUCUGAAACAAGCAGGCUGACCGAUACCAAACCCAAGCGCCGUUCUAUGCAAAAUAAGUGCAGGUGCCAGUUUCUUCUUAAGAAAACCACAGAGCAGGUGCAGCAGGGCCAGUUAAACUGGAAUUUAGAGUUGCAGCUCUCUAAAGGAAAGGAAAUGCAACUAUUAGGGCGCUUAACCAAGUAAAGAUGCUUAAAUCUUCAGAUACCAUGUAUAUAAUUCAAUAGCUUCAUUAAAAUAUGAAUUUGCAUAUCUUUUUAUUUGAAGGAGCUCAAGGUGGCAUACGUGGUUCUCCCUCCUCCUUGCUUUAUCCCAGGUAACGCUGGAUUGUAGUGACUAGCCGAAAGUCACCCAGGGAGCUUCAUGGCUGAGCAGAGAUUUGAACCCUCGUGUCCCACGCCCUGGUCUGAAACCCUAACCCAGGGGUCAGCAAGGUUUAUCUUGCCUGGGCUGGAUCAGUCCCGCAGAGAUCCCUCCGUGGGCUGGAUCACGUGCGCGCAUGAGGCGCACCUGCGAUUUUUGGCAUCUGCGCAUGCAUACCCGCAGUUUUUGGUGUCUGUGCACGUGCAGACACGAUUUACAGCGCCGCGGAAGCGAGUCCACGUGCUGUGCUGCACUGAUUUAGUGCAGCGCGCGAGUGGGCAGCUCGAUUUGGGGGCGGCUCGUGGGCCGGUCAAACGACCUCUGCGGGCCGCUUCUGGCCCAUGGUCCUUAGGUUGCUGACCCCUGCUCUAAACGUAACACCUGACAUAGGACUCCUGCCAACCCCGUAAUGCAAGAUGCUUUGGGACAGGCUGUGGUUACUCACUGGUGAUCAACAGGCACUCUGCACAUGCUUCAAGCCCGAGCCAUUGUCCUCCGCGUGAAAUAAGUUACAGCUAAUCCUAUUGACAUAGUAGGUGUGAGUCCUGACACACAAAAUCCUUGGAUAAAUUAAGUCCAGAGAGUGAAUCAACUACCUUUGUAACUUUUUCCUGUUAUUGAUUUCCCCCUACCGGUUUUGUCAAACAUGUACUUGGUGACUGAAAAAGUAACUGAAACUCUUCCUGUGGUCAUAAGGUGUGUAUUUUUAACCAUGUGCACAGAGGCUGAUAUAAGGAGCUCUGCAGCUGGUCCGUGGAAAGCAAAGAGCCAUGUGAUCUAGAGGCAAGUGACUUCAGUAAAAUAACUUUACUCUUUCAGGCACAUGAGUUUGCUGGUUUAAAGGCGUGGAUCUUGAGUUUGGAGGCAAAAUUAAACCAAAUUAGGAGCUGAAUAAUGUAAAACAUACUGUAUAUGGAAUCACAGAAUCUUAAGAGUUGGAAGGGACCCCAAGGGUCAUCUAGUCCAACCCCCUGCAAUGCAGGAAUCUCAGCUCAAGCAUCCAUGACAAAUGGCCAUCCAACCUCUGCUUAAAAACCUCUAAGGAAGGAGAGUCCACAACGUCUCAUGGGAGACUGUUCCAGUGCUAAACAGCUCUUACUGUCAGAAAGUUUUUCCAAAUGUUUAGUUAGAAUCUCCUUUCUUGCAACUUGAAGCCAUUGAUUCAAGUCCUACCCUCCAUAGCAGGAGAAAACAAGCAUGCUCUCUCCGCCAUGUGACAGCUCUUAAGGUAUUUGAAGGUGGUUAUCAUAUCUCCUCUCAAUCUCCUCUUUUCCAGGCUAAACAUACCCAGCUCCUUCAAGCACUCCUCACAAGGCUUAGUUUCCAACCCUUGAUCAUCUUGGUUGACCUUUUCUGCAUAUGUUCCAGCUUGUCAACAUCCUUCUUAAAUUGCGGUGCCCAGAAUUGGGCACAAUAUUCCAAGUGUAGUCUGACCAAGUCAGAAUAGAGUGGUACUAUUGCUUUCCUUGAACUGUACACUAUACUUCUGCUGAUGCAGUCUAGAAUAGCAUUAGCUUUUUUGCUGCUGCACCACACUGUUGACUCAUGUUAAGUUUGUGGUCCACCAAGACCCCUAGAUCCUUUUCACAUGUACUGCUAGUAAGCCAGGUGUCCCGCGUCCUAUAUUUGUGCAUCUGGUUCUUUCUGCCUAAAUGCAGAAUCUUACAUUUGUACCUAUUGAUAUGCAUUUUGUUAGCUUUUCCAAUCUGUUAAGGUCAUUUUGAAUUCUGAUUCUGUCUGUUCUUAAACCAAGGCAUACUUUCCCAUAGCAGCGGGGGACUCAAUUUACAAAUGGAACACACUCAACAGGAAGUGAAACAUGUUCUUAUUCCAAGGCAAAGUUCACAAACCAAAACACCUAUUUCCUGGUUUGCAGCAUUCUUAAUCCAAGUUGUUAAUAAGCUAAGCUUUUCUUAAACCAAGAUACCACUGUAUAUAUAUAUAUAUAUGUGUGUGUGUGUGUGUGUGUGUGUGUGUGUGUUUUAUCUUGAUUUAUUAUUCUUCCGGUAAGUUUCACCAUUUCUGCAUGUUCCAUAAGUUAUUGUAUCCAUUCUUCCUUUGCUGGGACUUCUGCCUUUUUCCACAAAGGUUAGAGUCAUGCCUGUUCCUAGUUUUGCCUUUGGCCAAACCAAGGAAUGUUUGGUUCUAAAAGAAUGUGAACUUUGGGGUGUAAAACAUCCUCACCUUUUAGAGUCCCUACACAUGAGCAGUCCCGCCACCGCACGCGUUUCAAGUUGCAUUUGCAUGUUGCUGUACAUACCAGAGAGGGGAUGGGGAUACCUGAUGUACAUUUCCUAUUUAGUUUCCCCGUGUCUGCAACACACACACCCUGAACAGCUAUCCAUGAAGCUGUCAUCUGCUCAAAUAUGCACGCCUCAUCUUAACUGCAAAGUGAAUGUGGCUUAUGUUUAUAAAUCAGACGGGAGCUGGUUUGAGGGGGAAACCACCAGGCAGGACCCUCGUACCUAUGGGAUCGCCUCCCUUGGUAUGCCCCACGGAGGACCUUAAGGUCCAUAUAUAGCAACACCCUAGAGGUCCCGGGCCCUAAGGAAGUUAGAUUAGCCUCAACCAGAGCCAGGGCCUUCUCAACACUGGCUCCGGCCUAGUGGAACGCUCUCUCUCAUGAGACCAGGGCUCUGCGGGAUCUGAUCUCUUUCCGCAGGGCCUGUAAGACAGAGUUGUUCCACCUGGCCUUUGGCUCAGAAUCAGUUUGAUUCCCUUCCCCUUUUUCUUUUUCCUUUCUCCUCCUAUGAUGAGAUUGCUCCCUAAUUGUUUUAAUAUUGUAUCUUAAUAUUUUAAAUUGUAUUAUAAUCAACUUGUUUUUAUUAUUAGUUGUUAGCCGCCCUGAGCCCAGUCUUGGCUGUGGAGGGCGGGGUAUAAAUAAAAAUUUAUUAUUAUUAUUAUUAUUAUUAUUAUUAUUAUUAUUGGUGAAUUUCUCAAGAAACUUCAGGAUAGAUGUGGAUUGUGGCUAAGGUGAGCUGCAGAGGAUCCGAAGUUAACAGUAACACAGCCGUAAAAGCUUGUUCCAAUGGUUUGCUGCUGGGAUAAGAUGCCAAACAUUGCUGACUCUGCCAGCAGGAGAAGAGUCCCAGUGAGGUGGGGGAAUCCUAAAUUAGCAGCCUGAUUCUGGUUACAGAACUUAAAAUUCCCAGGCGAAUAAAUAAUCCAAAAAUGCUCAAGAGAGGCUGGUGAAGGGUGUGGCUGGGGAGAGGGUGUGGCUUGGAGAGACUCUCAGGGGCCGGACAAAGUGUCCCAGGGGCCAGACAUUUGGCCCUCAGGCCUGAGAUUCCCUAACCCUGAUAUAAAAUAAUAAGUUUGCCAGGAGUGGAGUGAAGCCAAAUUCAUUCUAUGCCACACAGCAUCACCUUCUCAGAAGCAUUUGUGACAUCAGAUCACUGCCAGACAAUAAUAUUUUAUUGAUAAGUUUGUUAACCCAGAGGCAAACACCUAAGCAUCACACUUAGAAGACUCUUGCAGUCUAAUCUGUUUUAGUUCCCUAAUCUCCCUGCAUAUGUGUGUUUUAUGUUUAUAUGUGUUUUAUGUGUAUUGCAAACCCAAGUUCAAAGAGAGAGAAAGAGAGAUGUUGUAAUCCUGCCCACCAGUAGAGUUUUCGAAGAACGGGGUUUUCCUCCCUGAUUAGUAAACCACAAUUACUUUGUGGUUUCAUUCUGUCCGGAUGUGUUUUGCACCACCGUUAGCACAACUUGACUGCAAUCUAGGCAGGUGUUUUUAGGAAUCUCAGGCUGCCACCGCCACACAGACUGCUUUUUGGCAGAGAGGCACAACUCUGAGAGUGUUUGAAGGCAGGCAGAGAGAAUGAAGAAUUACUGGAUCCUCUGUGGAACCCUGGCUGUCCUUUGGGGAGCUAUUCUUGGAACAGGUAUGCAACAUUUGUCCAUUGAAAGCAACUCGGAUAUAAUGUUUUAAGCAAAGAAAGUGCUUUUGUGCCGGGAAGAAUCGUCACUAUAUUAAUUGGCUCUAAAAUUCUUACCUAGAAGGUGGUACUGUAUCUAGAUUGAAAAUUUUAAAAGUAAAAGGGAUGCUUAUUUUGUCCUACUGGGCUGCUCUGAAAUCAGGGUUAUGGUGAUCUAUAAUGUGCAUUAGAUAUACUUACAAUGUCAGAGCUGUGUUUUGAAAUGGGGAUCACCAGGUGUUCAGUAAUGCUAAAGUAUCCAUUUUUUCUGUUUUUGGGGUUGGCUUGAGUGAUGCCUCCGAACCAGAAGUUCAUUGCUUUCUAUAAUUCUCCCCUUGUCUCCUCACUGGCCCAAAUAGGACUAAUUUAGCCAGCUAGCCCUGGUGUUCAUCUAAUGUUUAUUGGGAUGGAUUUCCCCCCUAAAUUGAUUUUUGAAUUCUGAAUUUAUUGCUAUUCACGUUUUAUACUGUAUUUUAUGCUGGUUUUUUUGUUGCAUCAAUUAAGUGUUUUAAAUUUGUUGUUAGCCGCCCUGAACCGGGAAGGGCAGGGUAUAAAUAAAAAUGUAUUAUUAUUAUAUUAUAUGAAUCUUAAUAUGUCUUGGAGUUUGCAUGCAUUCCUGCCAAUGUCCCUACUGACUCUGCUCUAAUGGUUGUAGUUGUUGUUGAUAAUAAUAAUAAUAAUAAUAAUAAUAAUAAUGGCAGCUUCAUGGUAGAAGCCACUUAUUAAAUUCAGAAAGUAAGAUAGAAUUAAGGGGUUAAGAUAUGGGAAAGGGAAGGAAUACAGACUGACAGAUAAAAGAAAAAGAAUCCAGCAUGGCCCCGGGGGUGACCCAUAGUAAUGUAGGAGGAAGAGGAAGUGUAGUGGAGAGGAUUGUGGCCACUGCAGGGUUGCUACUUCUUUCUGGCAGGGCUCCUGUGCUGUUUAUGCUGGACGACAGCAGUGGAGGGAGGCUGGGGCCAAUAGCGACUGGGUAGGGCAAAAGGCAGAGACCCCAAGCAGUGGGUGGCAAAAGUAGUGCAGUGGCAAAGUCAAAAGUUCAGCUUCUCUUCAUGACAGUCGCAGCCAUGCCCCCUCACAGCAGCCCCCCCUUUUAUUAUAAAACCAUAAUUGUAUAAUUAUGCAAUAAUAAAAGUUGGGGAUGCAUUGCAACAGUUAAUGCCCUGAGGCCCAGGGGAGCUGUGUCACCAGCUGGAAUAAAAAAAUAUUGGACCAGUGUUCUGAUCCAGCGUAAAUCAGCUUCAUAAAUUCAUAUAUUAUCAGAUAGUCCAGGCUUUCCCAACCUGGUGCCCUGCAGAAGCCCUAACCAGCCCAAGCCUAUAACCCAGUGAUGAACCUAAGAUACGUAGACCUCCGAGUCUGAAAAUGCCACGUUGAAGCCUUGGGUUUCAACUUCCUCCCUAGCAGCCUAAAUUUGGCUUCCAGGAUCUUUCAGCUGCAAAUCUCAGUAUGACUCAGUAACCCACCCUUUGCAUCUCAUUAUUACGUUGGCGUCGUUUUUUUCGGGAUGUGCAUGUGAUAAAAUAGGUGCGCCCUAAACAUCUGGCAGAUCGGCACCAGAGAAUGUUCUCGUUUUUCUUUCUCAGUCUAAAAAACCUUGUGUUUUAUGGGCAGCUUAUUAUGGGCUGGAUGAAGAUGAAGAGAAGGUCCUGGUUGAUAACAAGUGCCAGUGUGUGAAGGUGACAUCGAAAUUUGUCCCUUCCAAAGACAACCCACAAGAGGAAGUACUGGAGAGAAACAUCCGCAUCAUGUAAGUGGUACUUCAUAUAAAGUUUCUCCUUUUCCUGAGGCAUAUACACAACUGUCAAAGCCAUAACCACCGAAUGGGACGGAAUAAACGCUGCAUAGCCUUUCUAUAAUUUGGGGAGCAGGAUUAUCUCACUCUUCAUGCAGCUUCUGUGGUGAAGAUGGAAGAGCAAGCAGGACACCAAUACUGUACAGCCCUCUAGGAUCUCCCUCUUCCCCCACUUCAAUCACUUUGUCAGUUUCACAGGUGUAGCCCAGUUAAGUCUUUUUGCAACGAAAACCAUGAAAAGUCUUGUGGCGCCAACAGAUUUGUGGUGGGUGAACUCCCAAGAUGCCACAAGACUCUCUGGUGGUUCCUCACAUCCAAUCCUCCUUCGACUCUGAGAACAUCCUGGAAGACCCUCUCACUACACAUUCAACUACAGACAUCUCCCCAUUUACAUGGGGGUUACAUUGCUGGGUACCACACAUAUACAUGAAAUUGUGUAUAGUGGGGAACACAAUCUUUAAAGCCUAUGAACACCCUCCUUUCUCAAGCUCCAACUCUCCACAGGCCUCAGAGGCCAGUGCAAAGGCUCCUGGAAUUGCUAGCCAUUUGUCAACUCUUUCCCCACCAUUUUUGCAGUUUUUCCGCACCCCUUUUGCCAUUUAAACAUAUUUAUUUAUUUCCUGGCACCACACUGUAAUGCGUAAGUGGAGAAAAGCCUGUACUGCACUUGACCUCUGCUAUCGGCAGCCAUAAAACCUUUCCAAUGGCUUGACCACAUCAUACAGAUGACAAAGCUGCUGCAGAGAGAGAGAGCUCAGCCAUCUGCAUAGGCUCACUGAUUGUUGUUGUUGUUGUUUCAUUCCUGAAACCCCGGGGAGCAGCCGCCUUUGUUGUUGUUUAGUCGUGUCCAACUCUUCGUGACCCCAUGGACCAGAGCACGCCAGGCACUGCAGUCUUCCACUGCCUCCCGCAGUUUGGUCAGACUCAUGUUUGCGGCUUCGAGAACACUGUCCCACCAUCUCAUCGUCUGUCGUCCCCUUCUCCUUGUGCCCUCCAUCUUUCCCAGCAUCAGGGUCUUUUCCAGGGAGUCUUCUCUUCUCAUGAGGUGGCCAAAGUAUUGGAGCCUCAGCUUCAGGAUCUGUCCUUCCAGUGAGCACUCAGGGCUGAUUUCCUUUAGAAUGGAUAGGCUUGAUCUUCUUGCAGUCCAUGGGACUCUCAAGAGUCUUCUCCAGCACCAUAAUUCAAAAGCAUCAAUUCUUCAGUAAUCAGCCUUCUUUAUGGUCCAGCUCUCACUUCCAUACAUCACUACUGGGAAAACCAUAGCUUUAACUAUAGGAACCUUUGUUGGCAAGGUGAUGUCUCUGCUUUUUAAGAUGCUGUCUAGGUUUCGUCAUUGCUUUUCUCCCAAGAAGCAGGUGUCUUUUAAUUUCAUGACUGCAGUCACCAUCUGCAGUAUAAGGGCUCACUGAUGCGCUCACUGAGCAUCAGGGCUCACUGACGUGCCUUGCCAAAUCAAAAUUGUGAUUUGCUCCCUCAACACAGCAGAGCUUACGCUGGUGCAGUGGCAAUCCCACAAAGCUGCCACAGCCCACCAGAUGUGAGGACUGGCCUGAAGGAAGUGGUUCAUCUUGUUUCACACACACACACACACACACACACACACACACACACUGCAGGCCGCGUUUGACAGAUGUGUGGGGUUGCCUACCUGUCAAUCACCUGUUGACCCAUUUUCAGUAGCACAGUUUUAAAGUAAACUGUAUGCAGGCAAGAAUCCUGUGUGCGGUGCUUUGCAGUCCCAACGAUCAGCUAAUUGUCGGGACUUCAAAGCACCACAUGCAGCUAUGUGCAGAGAGCCAUACAUGGCGCUGUGCAUUGGGCUUUGCCGGUCCACUGAUCAGCUGUGCCUGCUAAUCCUUUUUGUCCCAGCUAUGCCUGUACCUGCCUCAUGGCUGAUAUUAUAUAUGGUGUCAGGUAGAUAGCAGGUGGACAUGGCUUUGCCAGAAUGAACUCGCAGGUCAAACAGGGAGGCCUCGUGGGUCAUAUUCGGCCCAGAGCCUAGGGGUUCCCCACCACUGAUCUACGGAAUGGCCCAGACGAAUUGGUUCAUCCAGGAUUUGGUCCAGAGGAACUGGUUUUGCAGGGAACUCGGGCACUAGUGACUAUUAAAGCAGCAAAAUUCUACGCAUCAGCAUGUAUUUCUAAGAACCAGGUGGUUAAAUCUAACUUACCACGCCAGUAGUCAGUGAUCCAUUCUAAAGUGAAUGUGCCACAAUGUGGGUAGACACUUCCUAGCCCUUUGCUGCUCUGUCAAUUCCAAAAAUCUUUCUGCUGGCUUGCAAACUUCAAAAGUGUUUGAUUGCAACGUAAUGGCAGAUCUGCAAUAGUAAUACUGUAAUAAAGAAUGAUUGAUAGUAACCCUGGUGCUGCUCAGACUCAUGUCCACCACUCGGCUUGGAUAGGCGUCACUCCUCUGCCAGCCAAUUGGUUUUCACAGGAGCUGGCAUGCUGGCACUGUGACCCUUGCUAGUGUUUUUAUCUUGCCGCAGCAACAAUGGGAGAGAACUUGUCAGCCCAGAGCGUGGGUAGGCAAACUAAGGCCUGGGGGCCGGAUCUGGCCCAAUCGCCUUCUCAAUCCAGCCCGCAGACGGUCUGGGAAUCAGUGUGUUUUUACAUGAGUAGAAUGUGUCCUUUUAUUUUAAAAUGCAUCUCUGGGUUAUUUGUGGGGCAUAGGAAUUCAUUCAUUCCCCCCCCCCUUCAAAAUACAGUCAUACCUCAGAUUGCGAUCACUGUAGGUUGUGUGUUUUCGGGUUAUGGAUGCGCCGAAACCCGGAAGUACCAGAACGGGUUACUUCUGGGUUUCGGUGCUCAUGCAUGCACAGAAGUGCUAAAUUGCGCUUUGCGCAUGCGCAGGAGCGCCAAAUCGCACCAUGCGUGUGCGCAGACGCGGCGCUGUGGGUUGCGAACGUGCCUCCCGCACAGAUCACGUUCACAAUCCGAGGUUCCACUGUAUACUCCGGCCCCCCACAAGGCCUAAGGGACAGUGGACCAGCCCCCUGCUGAAAAAGUUUGCUGACUUCUGGUCCAGAGCAAUGACAGUUGUGUUUCCAUUCCUGCAUUUCAUGUGGCUUGUAACUUUCUCUUCCUCUUUGCCUUCUCCAGAGUUCCCCUGAUGACCAGAGAGAACAUCUCUGACCCCACCUCGCCAGUGAGAACCAGAUUUGUCUACAACUUCUCCAAGCUGUAAGGGCUUCCCUUGAUUGCACUUAUCUCAAUAAGCUUAAGUAGCGCUAAAAGAGUUGAGGCCACUGUAAUGUGUAUUAUAUUGCAACAAAGGAUAUAACUGAGAUGGCACCAACUGUGCCUUGUGCCAACUCAGCUAUAUUGGCUUUGGGUCAUAUCCAGAAUGUAGCACUAAGUAGCCCUUUCCAUCAGCCCUGGACACACCUCCCACACUUGCCUUGGGCAGAAAGGGCAGUAUCCAUCAAUGCAGGAUUUCCCAAACUUGGAUUUCCAGCUGUUUUUCAGACUACAAUUCACAUCAUCCCUGACCACUGGUCCUGCUAGCUAGGGAUGAUGGGAGUUGUAGUCCAAAAACUCCCAGCCGACUGCACUGGCUACCAAUUCGUUUCUGGGUCCAAUUCAAAGUGCUGGUUUUGACCUAUAAAGCCUUAAACAUCUCAGGAGCACAAUACCUCAAGGACCGCCUCUUUCCAUAUGAACCUCACCUUCUGAGGCCCUCCUUCGUGUGCCUCCUCCUCAAGAGGUCCGGAGGGUGGCACCACGAGGACGGGACUUCUCUGCAGUGGCUCCCCAUCUGUGGAAUGCUCUCCCCAGGGAAGUUCGCCUGGUGCCUUCAUUAUACACCUUUAGGCGCCAGGCAAAACCAUUCCUUUUUAACCAGGCCUUUGGUUGAUCUGAUUUACAUCCUUUGCCCUUUUAAAAUGUGUUUUUUUGGACAGGGGGCUAUUGGAUUGCUGCUUUUAUUUUUAUUAUGUAUUUUGUGGUUUUAUGUCUUGAUUUUAUUCUGUGAACCGCCCUCGGACCCCCGGGUAUAGGGCGGUAUAUAAAUCUAAUCAAUCAGUCAGUCAGUCAAUAAAAAACAUCUGGAGACCCAAGUUUGGGGAAACCCUGAGCUAAUGUGUCCCAUGGGCACAAGGAUUUAUACUUGCACAACAGAACUUCCCCCACCUCGUAAGCAUGUUCUAGAGCAGCGGUUCUCAACCUGUGGGUCCCCAGAUGUUGUUGGACUACAACUCCCAUCACCCCUGAGCUCUGGCCUUGCUAGCUAGGGGUGAUGGGAGUUGUAGUCCAACAACAUCUGGGGACCCACAGGUUGAGAAAGGCUGUUCUAGAGGGUCCCCUCUUACCUACCCUCCAAAGCAGAUUUGAGCAGCGUGCAUGGGCGUGUCUGCUCUGGCAGGGGUUGAUGGGAGUUGUAGUCCAACAACAACUGGAAGGCAGAGCAUUGGCUAUUCCUCCUGUGGAAUCUCUUUGUAUGGAUCUUGUUAUGUACUGAGUUGAAUAGGAUCCAAAAUGCAGCAGUCUGAUUGCUCCUAGAACAAUAGGAUUCAGAAUACAGCAGUCUGAUUGGUCCUAGAACAAUGCAGCAGUAUGAUUGGUCUGCAGGAGCCACCCAAUCCAGCUCCAGAUGGAAGUGAAUCCACAACCUGAUUGGCCUACAGGAGAAUUCUGGAAUUAGCCAAUCACGUGCAGCCCAUUGUGUAAAUAAUGUAUAUAAAGCAGAUACUUUGGGGAAACUUCCAUUCCUCCUCACCACUAUGAGCUGAAUAAAGGGCAUGAAAUCCACUCUCGACUCCGAGUAUAUUUCAGAUCUGUUGGCUAACUUUUCUCCUCCUCUGCCACCUGUCUUCUAGCUGUGAUAAAUGUGCUGCAGCAGACGGCGAAGCCACGAACGACCACCCUGUGCCAGGAGAGAGCAGCAUGUGCAACGACCCCGACCAGCCCUGCUACACCUACGACAGAAAUAAGUGCUACACGGCCUCUUGCCUGUUCUCGAACGGUGGGAAGACUGAGGUCAUCCAGACAGCCUUGACUCCCGAAUCCUGCUAUGUUGAUUAGAUCAUAGAGCUGAAUGCAGGGCAUGGUGGGGCAGAUGGACACCACCACAGAGACUUAUGUCGGCUUCAUAGUACCAGUUACAGCUUCCCUCAAGGGAUCCUGGGAACUGUAGUUCAGUGAGGGUUCACCGUUAGGGAUCCUUUGGGCUGGAGAAAAUCGAUACGGUUCUCACCUAAAGGCAAACUCCCCCAAUUCACAUUUUCCAUAACGUGAACCGAAAAAAGCUCCCCUUCAGAAUUUGUGUGUCUCCAAAUUACACGGUGCAGUUCACCAGACAAAUGACGUGUGCAGAAAUGCACAGCCUGUGCUAAAAUCUACAUAUAAAUGUACCUUUUAGUGAAAAGAGCAUACAAAAUUAUGCUCGGGAAAUUGCUUUGGAGAAACUGGGUUGAAAAGAAACUGGAUUAAAAGAAAACAUGUACAGUUGGAGGGGAGGACUUCGCUCAGAAAUCCAAUUUGCUUUAUGAGGAUUCUUUUUUAAAAAUUGCAAACUGGUGUGGAAUUGUGCAGAAAUGAGCUUCAGAUUGCAAAAAUUAGAAUUGGAGAAAACAAAAAUGGACACAUUUGUCCAUCCCUAGUGAUUCCGAAUGCCCCACACAGAAGUACAGGUCUCUUGGUUGAGGGAAAUAGCCAUAUGAAGUCUGUGGUGUAGACACAUACCCACAUUGCCCUGCAUGCUUGAAAUUAAAAAUAUGUCUUUAUUAGCGGAAUGAUCUCCUACUAUUUCCUCCCCAUAAUUUCUUACAGUUUAUAGAAUUCCACCCCCCCCAUCUGCAGCCCCUACAUGUUGUCACAAUAAAUAUUGCCUUUCAUUAUC